AUGGAGAACGACCUAACAUUCCUUGGUACCCAUCUCCUCGAGCACUACGAUACCGACCAGUGUGCCAGCUUUUGCGACGAUCUGCCGACCUGCGCGUCCUUCAACUUGUACUUCGAACGAGACCCCAUCUAUGAACCCAACAGGACGGCCGGCUGCCCCAACCCGCCCUCAACUACAAAUAUAAACUGCGUGCUCUGGCAUUCUCACCUCGAAGCGGACGAAGCCAUCAACUUCGGGGAGGUACGGGAGGAUUUCCAAGUCGUCAUCGCAGGCUCCAACCUGUACAACAAGAUACAUGGGCCUCUCGAUCUCAGCAAAUUGGGAUUCAGCGGGCCGCGAGUAGACGUCGACAAUGAUGCGGCCUUCCUGGUCCCCGACGAGCCGACGGGCGGCUACAGCACACUCCUGGCACAUGAACCCUUGUACUACAGCUACUACAACGCCUCGGCCACUCUUGAAAAAUACGACCCUACCGUCUGCGCCCAUCUCUGCUCGAACAUCACAAACGCCGCCACUCCCUCUUUCCCUUUUACGAACAACGCCUACCCUGUCUGCAGCAUGUUCGUGGCUUAUGAACUGAGAUACAACGAGCCUCUGGGAAUGGUCUGCGAGCUCUAUUCUUCUGUGUGGAGUAGUCAUUACCAGAGUUUGCGGGAGGUGGUGGCUUUCGGCGGCGAAGGUGAGAGAACAGUCAUCUUGCACCCCAACAAGGUAUCGGUAUAUCAGCGAAAGGACUACGAAUAUCCACCGAUAUGCGCCAUGGAGGAGUACUGCGGGAAAGACUUCUAUGCUGGUGGUGACUGCUCUGGAUGGGGUCAGGGUUACUGUUAG